UAGAGUCUCAGUUUUCUCCCUAGCAAUAUUUGUUCAGAAUGGCUACCAGCUCUAGCUCGACAGGCGUCGAUAAGCUCAAAAAUAAGUUGAGAGCACUUGUUGUAGAUGAUAACAGGAUGAUCCGCCUGUAUAUGGUAUCUCUCCUGAAAAAAGCCAAUGUCGAAGCCGAAGUAGCAGAAGAUGGGAAAGCAGCUGUAAAUUGUUUCCUCCAAGGAAAGACCUAUGAUAUAAUUCUGAUGGAUAAGGACAUGCCUCAAAUGGAUGGUGUUCAGGCUACAAGAAUACUUCGAGAGAUGGGCGUGAAAACUAAGAUAGUGGGCGUUACUUCUCACUCAACUGAAGAAGAAAAGCGAGAGUUUUUGGAAGCUGGAUUGGAUGACUUUUUUGUCAAGCCCUUAACGAGCCCCCAGUUGAUCGAGCUGCUCAAAGACGUUGGCAACAAGUAAAGUUUGCACUAGCAAACUACUGAAAAAUAAAAGGGCUUCAGCUGUAUCAUCUAAGCCUGAAUUUCUGAUGAGAGUCUUUCUCCGUUCUGUUUCCUGGUUAGGCUAUGUGGAGAGCCU